UUCUCUCUUUGUAGAUAUGGUCCCAGAGAAAGAAGAAGGGAAAGAAACAAGGCAUGGCAAAAGGACAUGGGGUUGUUACUGGCCUCUAAAGUCCUCAAAGCUCUUCCUACUCACCUUUAUCAUCUAGAUAUCACCAUUCACCACCAUCACCAGAAACCAUAACAGUACCUUGUGAGGGAGGGUGAAGAUCUCUCGCUAACUUUCCCUUGUCUAACCUUCCUCUUCUCAAACCCUGCAGACUUUCUCUUGAUCUUCUAUCUUUAAGCUGUGAUUGCUUAACAAGCUUCAAUCUGUGUUUUCAAUCUUUGCAUGAAUUUUGAGAUACAUGGAUCUGGUGAAGGGCUGUCUUCCUUUGUGUUCUGGCAUCAUGCAAAACUCUGUUGUGCUUCAGCACAUGAGCUUUGUAUUCCAUCCCAAAGGGAAACUUGAUGAGUUGGAGAGUGUCAUGAGAGAUCUCAUGGCCAAGAAGGAGGAUAUUCAGAGAGAGCUUGAUCAUCCUCGAAAUAAGGGAAAACGACCCAACAGUCAACUUCGACGCUGGCUUCACAAGGCUGGAGAAACGGAAGAUAAAGUACAACAAUUAUUGGAUGAAUAUAGCAAAGGUAAUUGUGAUGCAUUCUCUUGGUUAAAAAAUUGUUAUUCAAGGUAUAAAAUUGGCAGUGAAGCUUUCAAAUUGAAAGAUGAGAUAGAUGUACUGUUGAAAGACAAACAGUCAGAAAUCUCACUCGUGGAGACACAACCGCCUCUACCAGUUCCUGCUUCUCACAGAAUAUUGGGAAAAGGUAUUGCCUCCAAACUUGAUACUAUUUGUAGUUAUCUAACAGAUGAAACAGUCGGAAUGGUGGGCGUAUGGGGCAUGGGUGGUGUUGGCAAGACCACACUCCUGAGAAAAAUUCAGUCAUUGUUAGAUAAUGCUAACAUGGCAUUCGAUCAUGUGUUAUUUAUCGUCGCCUCGCAAAAUAUUCAGUUGGAAAAGCUCAGGGAAGAGAUUGCUAAAAAGUUGCAAUUGCCCUCUUCUGCUGGUACGGAAGACAUCUUCAAUGUCCUAAAAAUUAACAACUUUGUUUUGCUUUUGGAUGAUAUAUGGGAAGAAAUAGAUCUUAAUGAUCUUGGAAUUCCCCAUCCUUGCGGUGACAAUAAUUCCACCAAACAAUACAAAUAUAAAGUGGUUUUCAGUACUCGAUCUGAAGAUGUGUGUGCCCGAAUGGGAGCAAGCAAAAUGAUUAGAGUGGAAUGCUUAGAACCAGACGAAGCAUGGGAUCUUUUCAAGGACAAUGUCAAUUCAGAUGUUAUUGAGUCAGAUGAAAGGAUCAAUAAAAUAGCAAAACAAGUGAUAAAUGCGUGCAGUGGCUUGCCUCUUGCUCUGAAAGUGAUCGGUAAGGCCAUGUCAAACAAAAAAACUCUUCCAGAAUGGAAAUUUGUUUUGAGAUCAUUGGAAAGUUCAAAUACUAAAGUAGUUCAGGGCGUGGAGGAAUCACUGUUUCCCAUUUUGAAAUUCAGCUACGAUAAUCUGCCUGAUAAUGUCAAAAAUUGCUUCUUAUCUGCUUCCAUGUUGCAAGGGAGACCUAAAUAUAAACUUUUAGAAUGCUGGAUGGGUUUAGGCCUGGUUGGUGAUUUUGUCUAUCUACAAGAAGCUUUUGACAAAGUAGAAUAUAUACUGAAGACUCUAGAGGAAUCAUGUUUAUUGUAUUUUUCCCAUGAUGGCUAUAUGUGCUUCCAUGAUGUAAUUUAUGAGAUGGCAAUGUGGAUAGCAUCAGAUUGUGGAAUGAACAGGAAUAAAUGGAUAGCGAAAGGCUAUUAUGGGUUCACAGAAAUACCAACAAACGACACAAAGAAUUGGAGAUUUGCAAACCGAGUGAUGACAGCUGGCGACAUGGAGCUUUUGCCAAUUUUGUCUCAUCAAUGUCCUGAUUUGUUGUGUUUAAUGAUACUUGAAAGUUUUCUUUUGAACAAUAUUCCUGAAGGAUUUUUCCCACAAAUGCCAAAUUUGAUGUAUUUGGAUCUUUCAAGAACUGGUAUCAAAGAGCUUCCAAAAGACAUCAAAUGUUUGGUUAAUUUACAAUACCUAAACAUUUCGGAUACGUUGAUCUCAUCACUUCCAAAGGAGUUGGUAUACUUGAAUAAAAUGCAAUAUCUGUUAUGCAGAGAUUUGGGAGGGCUUAGCAAGGUAGAGGAUGGUCUCAUGUCAAAAUUACAGAAGUUGAAGGUCAUUGACUUAUAUCCGUAUGGGUGGGUAGAACCAGAUGAGUUAAAGCUAUUGAAGAAACACAUCAGAGCAAUAGGAAUGCGUGUAGUAUCACAAGAGGUUCUCCAACAACUCUCAUACUUGCCAACUACUCAGCUUUGUAUAGAAAAUUUGGAUAAAUUGAUCUCUCUUUCAUUUGAUACUUUAAGUUGCAAAAAUCAUGGAUUCUUGCAUGCACUACAAAUUAAAUCAUGCUCACAGCUUGAGAGGCUUGUGAUGAAUGGAAUUGAGACUCAUCUCAAUGACCUAAUAAUCUGUGAUGUCAAAAAACUGCUGAAUAUUAUUUGGACAGAUCUAUCACCUCCAGAAUUUUUUCAUAUGUUGAAGAGGUUAUGUAUAUUUAGAUGUAAUUUGACUAGCUUUUCUUGGGUCCUGCAUCUCCCUUGUCUUUUUGAAUUAAAUAUAGAAGAUUGUGCAGAGAUAGAAAUGCUGUUUUAUCCUGAGGAGAGAGAAAUCCAACCAGUUUCAGAAUGCCUUAUGUUCCCUGCUCUGCAGUCUUUAUUUUUAAUAAAGCUACCAAAAUUAGGUAGCAUAAGCAAUUUUGCAUUGGAUUUCCCUCGACUUUCACAGCUGACAGUGCGUCAAUGUCUUAAUCUGAAGAAGCUUCCAUUCAGGCAUGGCAUUAACAACCGCCAAAUAACAUACAUUAAUUGUAAGAGAAAAUGGUGGGAAAGCUUAGAGUGGGAUGAUGGUAUCAUCCCAUCUCACCUUGCACCUGACUAUUCAACCAUUUUUUGGAUGAGUAAAGUGAAUGGACGACUAAUUGCAGCGAAUGAACAGUCUUUAAGUUUUCUCUUUUUUUGUCUGCACAAAUUAGAAAUCAUCUCAUGCUCAAAUCAAGUAAGAUCAUUUGGAGAAGAUGUCCUUUCUUUUCUUUUUUGUUUUCAAAUUCAAUGUGAAACUAACAUUGAAAAAUCUUGCCAUCCUUUGACAGGUCUUUAAGUUCCUGGGUUUUACAUCUCCAAAAGGUUCUCAGAACUGCAAAUUCUCUUUGCGAAUAAUCAGUGAUCUAUGAAAUUUACAGUGCAAAUUUGCUUCAGAAAAUCGCUCUUGUGUUGUUUUUGGGUUCCCUUCUCAAAUCUGAACACUUCGAUUGGUUUCUUAUUUAUACCGUUGUGAAGAAAUGUUAUUAUUUGGGUUGGAAGUUCCAGGUUUGUUUAUUAUUAUCUUAUGUUUUUCCUAAAUUAAGGUUGGCUUGGAUGUUCAUAGAUUGAAGACAUUUUUUGUUGGAUUGUAUCUUUCAUUCAGACUAUUUAGAAGUGAGUUGUGCUUUUUGAACAUGUUGGAUUUAUUCGGAAGCAUAUAUAUACGUGAUGUUGCUUAUCUGUUAAUAUCACAUACAUUGCGAAGGAUUAUGUGAGGACUUUGACCAACUUCAAAAGCAUCAGUUUUGUUGAUGUGCAGAUAAGCAGAAUGAUCUGCAAUAUGGGGCCUCAGAACUGGGACCUGACUUUAUAUUUGGGGCUGGUGUUGUGAUUUUUGUUUUUUGCUUCUGCUGCUUUUUUUUUUUUUCCUUUCUUUUCUUCUGUUGGCAGGUGAAAGAAGAAACGAAGGCAAAACCAGGUGUUGGUAAAUGUGCUGCUCGUAAAUGGAAGCGGAUGCUUUGGCACUUCGGAAAGGAGUUUCCUUAUGGAUUCGGUGUGACAAUAAGAGCCUACUCACAAGCUAAGGCAAACGUGGAGAAUCAAAAGUUAAAUAUCGCAAUGCUAAAGAAGCACUAGUAGAAAAUGAGUCUUUUGUUACAACAGUUAUUGAUAAAGUGAUGUUUCUGUCAUAAUUUUGUAUUGUUCUUAAUUGGUUAUCCUGUCUGCUUGGGUUGAAUUAUUUUGUGUAGAUUUUCAAGACACAUAUUUCUAAUGUGGUUGUUAUAAUUUAUUAUUUUUCCAAUGGUGUUUUUAUGGGCAGGUGGGGGCAAAUGUGUUUCUAGCUUGGCUGUGGAAAUGAAGGCUUUGGCAUUUUGAAAAAGAGUUUGUAUUGUGUUCGAGAUGCAUGGAGUUUGCUAGAAGAUUCAAAGUGAGCCAGACCAGUGUGAAAUUUUGAAAUCAAAGCUUUUAUUUCGCAAUGGAGAAGUUUGGCAUGGCACAUUUUCAAAAGAUCAUCUAAAGCCUGAUCAGGGUGAAAUUAUAACAGGUGAAAGAGGCUAAAGCUUUGAUGGCAGCUUUGACAGUUAUAAAAGAUGAAUAUUGGAGAUGCUCAAACAUUUAUAUCAGUUGCAAGGAACUUUGGAGGGUGCUGCAAGGACUUGAGGAUUCUAAUUAUUGGCACCAUUCUUGCCUCAUCAACGGACUUAAGCAGGUUUUGAGACAUUUUCAAAAUCCUACGUUGGAGCUGAUUCUGUCAUCUGAUUGAAGGUCUGCUCGUAUGAAGCUGAAGUUGAAACUAUAUUUCCCAGAUUUGCUUGUUAUAAAUAUAGUUAAUUCUGUUUCAGUUUUGUUUUUCAGUUUGGUGUCUAAAGUUCGGUUUUAAAUUUCUGGGUGUAUUAGUUGCUUUGUGACUAGUGAUGUAAAGUGUGUGGGUAAAUGGCUUAAGUUCGAGGCAUGAAGUUGUGUUUGUUUGGUUGGUGUUUUGUUUAAAGUCUAGGUUGUUUGGUUUUCUUAGAGAGAAGCUGAAAAGCUAAGAUAAUUGAAGGUUUUGGUGUUCUUCUGAACUUGUUAUCAGCAAGGAAUGGAAAAACCUCAAUGGCUGAUGAAGAUGCUUUCUCAA